CCUUUCAGCAGCACCUGCGUGGCUCUCUGCUCCGGAUUUAGGCUCCCAUGCAAGGCUGGGGACACGGGGAGAGAAGCGUGAGGGGUGGCCGAGGGAAAGGGAUGGAGCUGAAAGCAGGGCUGCUCCCCAGUGCUCCUUUCCAGGGGCUCCUGCUCUAAUUCCUCCUCCUGCCGCAGCACAGCAGGGCUUUCCCUAUCCCCAUAUCUCCCAACCGAGGGUUAAAAAUAGAUGCAAAAGAAAAGAUGGCAUUGUCCGGACUGAAACAACAGCAGCUGAGCAGCAGGAGCAUGUGUGCAGCAGGACAAAGGCCACUGUGUCCCCUGCACGACAAUGAGGGAUGUAGACAUCCCAGCUCCUCCGCUCUUGGCUGAGCUCAUGGGAGAGCCGUGGGUGCAGCCCCAGCAGCGCCGGGAUGAGGAUGGGGUUGGUGAGACCUCCUUGGAGCACUGCGGGCAGCUGUGGAGUCCUCAGUGUAGGAAAGCGUAUGGCUGGGUGCUGUUUGUGUCCAUCUUCCUCUGGGUAGUAACGGUCCUGCUCUUUGUGAUGUACCUCCUGCAGCUCCCCAUGAAGUUCUACAUGGUCCCCUGGCCCCUCAUGCUGAUGAUCUUCAAUGCGGUGGCAACUGUUCUGUACAUCGCUGCCUUCGUCACAUGCUCAGCAGCCGUGCGUCCCACCUCGUGGCGCCAGUGGGAUUACAACAGGAGAGCCGCUGCCUCCUUCUUCGCCGGCCUCGUGAUGCUCACCUAUGGGGCGAGCACCUUCUUCAGCUUCCGUGCCUGGAAAGGACUCGGCAGCAACGCAGCCACCAGCCAGGCGGCCAGCCAUGCGUGAGGCCGCCAUCAGUGGCGCUGUCCAUGGUGCUGCAGUCACGCCGAUCAGCGCUGUGCUCUCAGGUGACGGCGAGAUGCCGAGGGCCCGCCGAGGCUGAAGCUCCUGGUGGUCCUCACACGGUGCAGAGCAGCCAGCUGCUCACUGGAACACUUGUACCCAGGGGGCUCACCCCAUUGGGUGCACUCCAGUACUAACAUUCACUAAACCAAGCCCACGUGGCUGCCUGUGGUCAUGCACAGAUGCGGUGUAAAUAAUUGCAAUUAACUUCUGUCAGUGGGGGCAGAGCUGGAAGAUGAAGGCUAGGCCAAGAAAGAAGUCUAAACUGUUAUCACACUGAUCUUAACAAUAAAGAAGUCAAAGCACAGUUUUAUGCUUUAAAUAAAUAUCUUCCUAAAUCCAA